CGCGUCUCCGCUCCCUCCAUCCGCUCGGUUCAGUUUCCCGCCGUGUCUCCCUCGCGCCACUCUACCACGAAAACAAACCGCUUACUGCGAGCCUAGGGUUCUUCUGCUCCGCCCCAAAUCGCCGCAAUCCCUCUCGCUCUCCUCUCCGUCAUACAGUUCUUGGAUCGCAUGGCGACCAGCGACGAACUCGCCCAGGUCGACAUCUCCACGGAGGAGAAGGACAAGCUGGUGGCCGAGGUGAUGCGCUACGCGCUCUUCAAGACGCACCAGAACUCCGGCUGCCCCAUCAAGCGGGAGGAGCUCACGCAGAUCAUCACCAAGAACUACCGCCAGCGAGCGCUCCCUGCGCUCGUCAUCAAGGAGACUGGGGACAGGCUUGCCGCGACCUUCGGCUAUGAGAUGAGGGAGCUCCAGAGGACCCGCUCCACGUCCACCCGCUCUGGACGCCCCUCCUCCCAGCAGCCCAGUAAUCAGGACGCAAAGAGCUACGUCCUGGUAAGUAAGCUGGACCCUGAGGUGUACAGCAAGUAUGUCGAGGAUAAGGAGCGUGCCCAUGUGUCUGGAUUUGCUUUUGUUGUCAUAAGCAUUGUUCAUGUCGCUGGUGGCAAGAUCUCUGAAGAGGACCUUUGGCGUCAGCUUAAACGGCUGGGCUUAAACGAGACUGAUGAGAACCACCCUGUUCUCGGCAACAAUAAGCAGGCGCUUGAACUACUAGUGCAACAAAGGUUGCUGGUACUUUCAGGGCGUGCUGCAGAGUGGAUUUCACUGGCAACUUUUGCCUUUUUUGACCUGGUAUCUUUGCCCAGGUACUUGCUGAAGGAGAAUUUUUACCUUUACUUGAAUUUAAUAAAUUGUGGCUUUUAAAUUAUGUUCAACUGUAUGUGCUCGAAAUAU